UCCCAUACCUCACCGUAGCGAACCGGAGGGACCGCCAAACCCCCAACCCCCCCACAUUAUUAUAAUAGUGCCAUAUUCUUCAAAGACUCAGAACAGAAAGGGGCUUGUUCUUCUUCUCUGAAUCAAUCUAUUUUUUCAACUAAUAUGGCAAAGAGCUAUUUCAAGCAAGAGCACGAAUUUGAGAAGAGGCGGGCAGAGGCUGCUAGAAUUAGGGACAAAUAUCCAGAAAGAAUUCCAGUGAUUGUGGAGAAGGCUGAGAGAAGUGAUAUUCCGAACAUUGACAAGAAGAAGUACCUAGUCCCAGCUGACCUGACUGUAGGACAAUUUGUCUAUGUGAUCCGGAAGAGAAUUAAGCUGAGUGCAGAAAAGGCUAUAUUCAUAUUUGUGGACAAUGUCCUCCCACCUACAGGUAACAACAAUAUUGCAAUUUUACCCCUCCCUUGCUCACAUACACCUGCUCUAGAACUAAUUUUGUUUGUUUAUAUUCAUUCCAACUUUCCUUCCCAUCAUAAAUUAUGGUUUUGACAAUAAUUUAUUCCCACAAAGUUUUAAAUUAAAUUUGAUAAUUUUUCAAAAUAUUUUGCAAAAACUGGUGCUUUCAUAAAGAAUUGGUUGAGAUUGGCAGAUUCAGAUCUGUCAAAAUGAUCAAAUGGCCCAUUUUGAGAUUCUUCAAAUUGAAUCUCUUGUUGCUGGAUUUUGGAUAACAAAGGUUUUGGAGUUAUUGCAGGAGCAAUAAUGUCUGCCAUAUACGACGAAAAGAAGGAUGCAGAUGGGUUUCUAUAUGUUACUUACAGCGGAGAGAACACAUUUGGGUACCAGAUCUCACCACAGCUCUAGCUCUCAUCACCUACAUUCCUUUGUCAUCUGUGUUGCCGCUUGUUUCUCAUUGCCUCAUGUUAAAUAAUUUUCGCAUCUUGCCUUUAAUAUAUAUAUAUAUAAUCCUGCUAAUGAUAACAAGUAUAUAUACUGUGUAUAGCUUCUCCACAAGCCAAAUGGUGAACACUUUAUUCUUAUUAAUGCAUUAAUCAGUUGCUUUUUCUCUGA